AUGCCGUUCCUGUGGUGUGGAUCUCGACAGAAAGGCCAGAAAUGGAAACAGAUUGAAGAAGCAGCAGCAAAUCUAGAACAACUACCAUCAUGGACUGCUCCAGAUAACUCGCUGAUAUUGCAAACCUUUGAAUGGCAUGUUCCUGCCGACCGGCAGCAUUGGCGCCGCCUGCAAAAUGCCUUACCAGAGUACAAGGCCAUUGGUAUCGAUCAGAUCUGGAUUCCCCCUGGAUGCAAAGGAAUGGAUGCGAAUGGUAAUGGCUAUGACAUCUAUGACCUGUAUGACCUAGGGGAGUUCGAUCAGAAGGGUACAGUUCCCACCAAAUGGGGAACCAAGCGAGAGCUUGAAGACCUGAUGCGCAAAGCGCAAAACGUGGGCAUUGGUGUCAUCUGGGAUGCUGUGCUCAAUCAUAAAGCUGGCGCGGAUUAUCCAGAGCCUUUUCAGGCUGUCAAGGUAGAUCCUAAGCGAAGAGACCUGGAUAUAUCUAAGCCGACAGAAGUCAAUGGCUGGACAGGCUUUGAAUUCGCCGGUCGCGGUGACAUGUACAGCUCAAUGAAAUACAACUGGCAACAUUUCAGUGGUGUGGACUGGGAUGACAAGAGCAAACAAAACGCAGUUUACAAGAUCGUCGAAUCUAACAAGGACUGGGCACAAGAUGUGUCGACGGAGAAUGGAAACUACGAUUAUCUGAUGUUUGCCGAUCUUGACCUUGCACACCCAGAGGUUCGCGCAGAUCUUCUGCACUGGGGAACGUGGAUCACCAAUACACUGAAGCUUAAUGGGAUGCGACUUGAUGCCGCCAAGCAUUUUUCUACAGAGUUCCAACGCGCCUUUGUGCAACAUGUUCGCAAAACCGCCAACCCUGACUUCUUUGCGAUAGGAGAGUACUGGACUGGACAUUUACCCUCGCUUCUGGGUUACCUCGAGAAUGUGGAGUACAACCUCACUGCAUAUGAUGUGCCUCUCCUGGAGCGGUUCUCCAAGUUGUCGCAUGCACAAUCACCAGACCUUCGCGGUAUUUUCAACGAUACACUGGUACAGUGUCGGCCGGACCAUGCUGUGACCCUUGUUGCAAACCAUGAUACGGCACCAGGACAAAUGCUCGAGACCCCGGUAUCACCAUCCUUCAAAUUACUAGCGUACGCCCUAGUCCUCCUCCGCAAAGGCGGUCACCCUUGUAUAUUUUACGGUGACCUGUACGGUAUCCGGGCGAAUGUGGAAAAUCCAAUGGUACCUAGUUGCAACGGGCUUCUGCCCGUUCUAACACAAGCCCGGAAACUCUACGCCUACGGCGAACAGCAAGAUUAUUUCAACCAACCAAAUUGCAUAGGAUUCGUCCGCUACGGUAACGCCCGUCACUCUGGCCUUGCGUGUGUUAUCAGCAAUGCCGGUCCGGGGGUGCAGCGCAUGUUUGUCGGUCAGCAUCAUGCAUUUGAACAAUGGACCGAUCUCUUGCAUCCCAGCAUGAAACCUGUUAUUAUUGACAAAAAAGGAUAUGGAAAAUUCGGUGUUCAGGGGAUGAGUGCGAGCGUGUGGGUUGACUCGGCUAUAGCAGACCGGGAUGGUCUCAAAAGGGAUUUUAAUGUGAAUAUCUACAAUACCUAA